ACGUCCCUCCCCUCGCUCGAUCCCGCGGGUGCCGAGGGGUCCUGGAGCAGAACGGCACCUAUACUAGUCUCCUCACACCAUCCUUAGGGUUUCCCGGAGAUCCCGUAUCGUCUACUGCGGUCGUGGUCCUGGGACGGACGAAAAUCCGUCACAAGUUUUACUUCGAUUUCUUUAUAAUUAUUGUACGAAAACGACAGGUGGAAUAUGCCAUUUGGUACAAUACCCAAUAUAAUUCGACCCAGCUGUCGAUAUAAAAACGAACGUCGGCAACGUAGGCAUUUAGAAAAAUCUUCUUUAUCGACGUUGAUCAAGUUUCUCGACGUGUUUCACUUCACCUUAAGGCUGCCGGUUUCCCGUCGUCAGCUGGCAGCUAGUGUGUCCCUAACUACCCUGGAGCCUGGGAAGUGCGGCGCCAUGGGUGCCGCCACCAGGGGGAGAGUGAUCCUCUUCUGGACCCCGGAAUACUGGUACCGACCUAGAGCCGCGGCCACUGCUUACAAAGAGCUGCGGCAACAUCUCGCUCUUCUGCGGGAUUUCCGCGUGGAAAAGGAAAGACUGGGCAGGAAGAGGUUCUUCUGUCGCCGGAAGAGGAGCGUCCAGAGCGAGGAGUCCUGGUCAGUCGAGGAGAGGUCCAGCUGCAUCCUUGGACGUCUUUUCUCUUCCGGGGGGACUGCAAGAAGCAGAAGAAACCCUCGUGAGAGGAAAGAAGGAAGUACGACUGCCCAGUUACGUAGAUUACUCAGGAUGGACCUGGUGGUUACGAUAUGGGACAUAGACAGCACCACCUUGGCUCGUCAGCUGACGCUCAUCGACAGAGACCUGUUCCUCAGGAUACCCUCGCUGGAGGUCGAGGUCCUAAUUUUCCAGAAGUCCUCCAGGAACGCCCCUAAUCUUGGAGCAUGGGUGGCCUUCAGCCACAGGAUCUCUUGUCUGAUGGCCAGCGAAUUGCUCGCCAUCCGGAGGAUCGACAUGAGGACCAGGAUGCUGGCUAGGAUCGUCAAUGCUGCCGAUAAGUGCCACCUUAUGGGCAACUUCCAUUCCUGCAGGUCCAUUCUAGCGGGGCUGCAGUCCCCGCCGGUUUUCAGGCUCAGGGCGACCUGGUCCAGGUUGAGGAAAAAUCACGCCAGCACGUACGAGACCAUGGAGAGGCUCUGCAAGAUAUACAGAUCAACAAGGACGAAGAAUUACCAUAAGGCAUGGGAAAAGGCAGAACGGAAUGGCACUUCCAUGCCCUAUGUAGGAGACUUACUUGGCAGAGUCUUGGGACUUGACGAAGAGAAGUCCACCGGUCAGACUUGGCGAAUCUCUGAAAGUAUUUGUCGUGGAACGCAUGCGUCCAUUUUGGUCCUUAAUAAAUCAUCACAGACACGCAUGCAGAGUAAAUUCACCCCCAGACAGAGAAAUACCACCUUGAAGAGGCCAGCUUUCGACGUAAAUCCUAAAAACAAUGGAUUAGCCAAACGCAUCUUCGUCGCAGCUUUGACAAAAAUUCGCCAUGGGAGUCUCGAGCCUCCGAUCUCAUCUUCUGGACAUGGGAAUUUAAUUUUUACCGCCAGAGAACGAUAUCUGGCUCGUAUGGCUAGUCGUCGAUGGCGCAAUUUUAUUUUCAUGGCGAAAAUUCGGGCAGAAAACGAAGCCAGGAUUCGGAAUAUGGAGCCCAGGAAGAGGAGAGUCCUGGAUGUGGUCUCUUGGUUGACGGAGUGUCAAAAGUCUGCUCAGAAGUACAAUUUUCCUGGGCAUUCGUUGGCUUGGGAGUUUCUUUUGAAAGCUAGGUACAAGGAAGACAAAGAGAACUUCUUCCUGAGCUUUAAGCUAGAGCCGCCUGGGUCUACGUAAAGAAACCUCGGCGGAAGACCUGUACGAGGCCAAAUACACUUUUCAAAGAAAUAUUCGAAACGAGAACAAGAGGUUGGCUUGCCGAAGUACAAGGUCCAACGUUUAAAAACCAUGAUAAUGGUUCCCUUUGGCAUGUACUUCGUUUCCUUACGGAGGACUUUGUUCUCAUUCUAUAUACUUUGCUGACAAAUGCACUACUUCGUCUGCACCACUGAUUCGAUGGAUCGACUUCUUCGUUUUCAAUUAUCCAGGCAUGACAAUGAAAAUGCUCAUUUCUCAAAGAACAAGCCGAUGCCAUUUGUGAUUUCGAUAUGAACUGGGAUUGGGAAAAUCCCUUUAUCAAAAUCAUUAUAGUUUUAAUAUCACUGAUUAAAAUGUAUGGCUGCAUUCUUAAUGCGUCUCGUCGAUCCUCUUCGGGAAGUCCCUCGGAACCUGCAUCGAUGUAGUUCUCCGUGUCUGUCGGAGCUGUAGUAAAUGAAUUUAUAUACAUUAACAUCGGUCGAACGUAGCGACUGGUAUUUCUACAUGUGCUUUGUACACUUUAUUGAUAUACUUAUUAUCUUUU